GCUCGGCCGCCUGCCCUGCUCGGAGCCGCGCGUGAGGACGGCUGAGGCCGCAGAUUGCGUGGUGACUGCUGUGGCUUAGGGAGGAAAAAGAUCAGCAGUAGCUGCAGCAUCCUGAGAAAGAAAGCUUCCUGGAAGAAGGCAGCCAGCUGUGUAUCUCACCUACACUCCUCACCCCUGGCAGUGCCUGCUAUAGGACAGGAGUGUUUGAAAGAACGAUGCACGUAAGUCUGACAUCAUGAUGUCCAUCCGGCAAAGAAAAGAAAUAAAAGCCGCUGAUGUUUCUGAGGAUUCUCCAGUACAAGAAGAAAAUGUGACGUUGGAAAAUAAAUUGCCAUCUGGUAGAUCUGGUUGUGCCAAUAGAAGACUGUGGAGGAUUCUGUCAUUUACAGCUGGUGGAACCGUCGCCCUUUGCAUGGGCCUCCUUACAUCUGUCUACCUUGCCACUUUACAUGAAAAUGACUUAUGGUUUUCUAAUAUUAAGGAAGUGGAGCGGGAAAUCUCAUUCAGGACUGAGUGUGGACUGUAUUACUCCUACUACAAGCAGAUGCUGCAGGCUCCGACCCUCCUGCAAGGUUUUCAUGGCUUGAUAUAUGAUAAUAAAACUGAAUCUAUGAGGACAAUUAACCUCCUUCAACGAAUGAAUAUUUACCAAGAGGUUUUUCUCAGUAUUUUAUAUAGAGCUCUGCCCAUACAGAAAUACUUAGAGCCAGUCUAUUUUUAUAUUUACACCCUAUUUGGACUCCAGGCCGUCCAUGUUGCAGCUCUUUAUAUAACUAGCUGGCUCCUCAGUGGCACGUGGCUGUCAGGACUCUUGGCGGCCUUGUGGUAUGUCACAAACAGAAUAGACACCACCAGAGUGGAGUUUACCAUCCCACUGAGGGAGAACUGGGCACUGCCUUUCUUUGCCAUUCAGAUAGCAGCAAUCACGUAUUUCUUGAGACCGAACUUACAGCCUCUUUCUGAAAGGCUGACACUUCUUGCCAUUUUCAUAUCAACUUUUCUCUUUAGUCUGACAUGGCAAUUUAAUCAAUUUAUGAUGCUGAUGCAGGCGUUAGUGCUGUUCACACUGGACUCCCUGGACAUGCUGCCAGCAGUGAAGGCGACGUGGCUGUACGGCAUCCAGAUAGCAGUGUUGCUCCUGGUCUGCAUUCUUCAGUUCUUUAAUUCCAUGAUUCUGGGAUCAUUGCUUAUCAGUUUUAACCUUUCAGUAUUAAUUGCAAGAAAAUUUCAGAAAAAUCUGAAAACUGGAAGCUUCCUUAAUAGGAUUGGGAAACUUCUGUUACAUUUGUUUGUGGUUUUGUGUUUGACACUUUUUCUCAACAACAUAAUUAAGAAAAUCCUUAACCUGAAGUCAGAUGAACACAUAUUUAAAUUUCUGAAGGCAAAAUUUGGGCUUGGAGCAACAAGGGAUUUUGAUGCAAAUCUCUAUCUGUGUGAAGAAGCUUUUGGCCUCCUGCCUUUUAAUACAUUUGAAAGGCUUUCAUAUACUCUGCUGUUCUACGCUUACAUGCUUGUUCUGUCCAUCACGGUGAUCACCGCCUUGGUUACUGCCUUCCAUAACCUCAGUGAUUCUACAAAUCAACAAUCCCUGGGUAAAAUGGGAAAGUGUACAAUCGACCUGAAACCAGAAACUGCUUAUAACUUGAUACACACCAUUCUGUUUGGAUUCUUGGCCUUGAGCACCAUGAGGAUGAAGUACUUGUGGACGUCACACAUGUGUGCCUUCGCGUCAUCCGGCCUGUGCAGCCCUGACACCUGGCAGUUACUGCUGAAGUCGGUGCAUCUGUACAGCCCACGGAGGGUAUGUAUAAUGCGAUAUUCAGUACCGAUAUUAAUACUGCUCUAUCUCUGCUGUAAGUUCUGGCCAGGAAUGAUGGAUGAGCUCUCCGAGUUGAGAGAAUUCUAUGAUCCAGAUACAGUGGAGCUGAUGAACUGGAUUAAUUCUAACACUCCAAGAAAGGCUGUGUUUGCUGGCAGUAUGCAGUUGCUGGCCGGGGUCAAGCUGUGCACAGGAAGGACCUUGACCAACCACCCCCACUAUGAGGACAGCAGCCUGCGGGAGCGGACCAAGGCGAUUUACCAGAUAUACGCCAAGAGGUCCCCCGAGGAUGUGCACGCGCUCCUGCGCUCCUUCGGCGCCGACUACGUGAUUCUGGAGGACAGCAUCUGCUAUGAGCGCAGGCACCGCCGCGGCUGCCGGCUGCGAGACCUGCUGGACAUGGCCAACGGACACGUGAUGGAUGGCCCAGGAGAGAAUGAUCCUGAUUUAAAACCUGCACACCACCCUCGCUUCUGUGAAGAGAUCAAAAGAAACCUGCCUCCCUACAAGGCCCACUUCACUAGAGUGUUCCACAACAAAACAUUCCACGUUUACAAGCUCUCUAGAAACAAGUAACAGAGAGUUCUGUCCGGCCUCCAUUUUUGAUACACUAAAGCUGCAUCAUAAUGCAACUCAGUAGGGUCCCUAUGUAAGUAGGUAGCCGGUACCUUAAAGCUGUGACAUGAGGGAGUUCUACAGAUGUUUACACAGAUGUUACCAUCUUCGAAAUACCUUCUCUAAGCUUCUGUCUUUUUGUCUUGUCUCUGUCUUUUCCAUUAAUGUUAGCUUAAAUGCUCACAGCUUUCCAAGAGUAAUCUGGAUUUGAUUGCUGGGGAGAACACCUUUUCCGUGGAAAGCCUGGACAGCCAGAUACCAGGCUGGAAUGAGAACCUCUUCAGGAUUUGAAAUGCUUUUUAAUUUCCAGUUGACUUAAGACAGCUGUGAUUGAGUCGAUUGAAAAGAUGAUUAAAUUAUUUAAUGUUACUUCAUUAGUGAAGGCCAACUGCUGGCUUUUUAAAAAGCUCUUUAUUGUCCCAUUUUCACCUGAAAAUUUUAUAAUGCUUUCCAAUUAUUGCGCUUUUAACAUUAACAAAAAAAAUCAUGUUGGAUCUUUGUAUGUAUUGAACAUUUUGUUUCACUCUGUCUGAAAGGUCCCGUGUAGCAGGCAGUGUGUAGUAGUGUGUCACGUAGUGUAUGUGUGAGUGUGUGUCCUAAUGCUGGCACAGAAAAGUGUUAGGAGUUCCAGACUGUAAGUCCUGAAAGGGGCAGAAAUGUAUGUAGCCAAGUAUUUAAUAGCAUUUGUCACUGUCGAGCAGUAUUAUUUUAAAAUCUACUGACACUCUUUAACCUCUCCUGCAAGUAAAAUAGUUUUGCUUUAUUUCUUACUCACUUCAACUCACUGGGUUUGCAAAAUUUUGUAAACUUUUUGUGUUUUUAGCCUUUGUAUUUUUUGCAGCCUAGAACUUCAAAGUCUGAAUAUUUUUUAAAUGGUGUAUCUUGACUAGUUCACUGAUAGGUAUUUUUAGCAGACAGCAUUUUCAUACCGACUUUGACCUGUGGUCUCCAAUCUUACUGGGAGGGCCCUGGUACCGUUAUUCCCUCCCUUCCUAAAAGGUAACCAAGUGCCUCUAAGUCAUGGUUGUUUGUAAACAGCAGAGAGGGUGAUACCUACUCAAAAUUUUUUGAUAAUUGCUUUUAUAAUUAAUUUCCAAUGAUGGGGACCUGUACAAGUUGCUGACAUAAGCAUAUUGUACAUUUAAUUAAAUCCAGAUGACUAAUGAAAUUUGCUGUCUCCCUGCCUUGCCAGUUGGAAAUGAUUUAAAUAUUUCUCCUUGCAGUUGUAUUGAAGUAAAUUACCAUAGACAUCACGAUGGACACAUCCCACUUUCAAAUGAACUUGCAUUCAGCUACUACUUCCGAGCAACACUCAGACAAAUGUUUACCCUGUCAUGUUAGACACAGAGAUACUCAACUUCUGUCAAAAGGUAUUUAAAUAAAAAAUGAGAGUAGUUGGGCUAUUAAAUUGUGCAACUGAAACUCCCAAAUUAUAUCUUUCCUAUAUCCCUUAAUAAGGUUGGAGACCACUGCAGUUUAGGAUAACACAAUAAUAAAACAUUUUAAUCGGUACUGAAACUUUAAUUAAGCCAGUAACGAUGCAUGCCUGUUGGUGCUGACAGCACGGGUCAGUGCCCACUUCAGCGAGUGCCUUACUCUAAUUGAAACCAAGCACAUGUAAGGUACAGUAUAUUACCUGUGUGGUUUUGUUUUUCAAGUCUUCUGUUGCCUUUUGAGAUAUUUGAGAUUUAAAUUUAUUUUAAAUAUUCCUGUAUGUUUUCUUCUAAGCAUUUGGGCAUUUGGAUUCUCAGAAUGCAAAACACGUACUUAAACUUUGUGCUUACCAUCCCCACAGUGCUGCACACAGCCAUCUUCUUCCCUUGGUUCAGGUGCCAUCGUUGCCAAAACACUCGGUGUCAGUCUUUAGUGAAAAAUGUAAAGUGCCCAAAAAAAUCUUGCAAGACAGAACCACACUGCGCUCUUUCUAAGACACUGUGACCAUGUACAGCAGAAGUUUUUAUUUCUUGGUGACCAAAUCUCUCAAUGAAUCAUGUCCAAUGUUUUUAGCAGUGUCCUCUCCCAUGACCUCUUUACUGAAGUAGAUGAGAGGAAAGAGAGGAAAAGCCUCUACCCUCUCUGGCUCUGAUCUCCAGCCUCUCCUACUAAGCUGAAGCAGGAAACCGUGUAAGCUGCCUGCCACACAGACCUGGGGCUGUGCUAAUACUUAGUAAUAUCCAGAUAGUGGCUCUGGAGUUUAUGGAUAGAAAAACCACUUGAUUUGCUUCUGAGUUAGCAGCCAGAAGACCCUCUAUGUCAGCAGUUCUCAACCUGUGGGUUGUGACCGCUUUAGGGGUUGAACGACCAUUUCACAGGGGUCACCUAAAUACAU